AAUUAUUUUAUAUCAUUGUCGACUGUGUCUGGUAUAAAGUUAAAAUAGUUCGGAAAGUUGUCUAGAUCGGACGUGCAGUAGAAUCAUGAAGGGUUUCAUAUAUUUCCUUCUAGUAGCAGUGGUGUAUGGAGAAGUCGUAGAUAUAAAAAAAUGCGAGAACGUAUCGGAUGACAAGUGUACGAUCAACGAAAUUAGGAUUACUCCGUGUCCUAACAGCAGGACGACCUGUCGGGUUUACAAAGGAACUGAUGCCACCAUAGCUUUUGAUUUUGUACCUCAUUUCAACACCACCCAGUUAAAGAACAGGGUCCUCUGGGGUCAAGUGGCGUGGCCGGAACUGGAUGAGGACGCGUGUAAGGCUACCCCCUGCCCGACAGAGGCUGGCAAGCAGCAGACGUACUCCAACAACCUGCGCAUCGGGAAGAAACUGCCUUCUGGUUAUUUCACUUUUAGAUGGGAAGUGUUUGAUGCCAAUGACGAAGCAAACAUGUGCUGCUUAAAAGCAACCGUCCAAAUUAAGAAGAAGCUAUAGUUGCAAGAGUGUACCACUUUAGAUAUGGUGUGAAUAUAUAUUUGUUGUAAUACAA